AUGAAACUGUUAAUUAGUAUAAUGAAAGGUCUGUUCGUGAAUAUUGCUCCGGGGCGCGCUAUCUGUUGUCGAUAUGAGGCUCUUGCUUCGGCGUACUCACGACGAUUAGUUCUGUUGUUGUCGACGGGUUGCGCACCGGUGUCCGGCGGCGGUGGUCGGCUAUUUCCUGGUUUCUCUACUACACAGCGCACGAGUAGUAGUUUUUGUAAACGUUAUACAACGAAAAAUAACAUCAGCAAUUCUGUCUCAUUACAUAAUAUUGCAGUUAAACAAAUGUAUACUUACUAA